GUGGCUUCCAUUGGUCGGUUUUUUUGUUUGAAAUUGGCGCUGUCACAGGAGGAAUAACGAAUUUCUGCCCCAUUCAGCGCCGAUAAGUCGAUACGGAUCGUUCAUCCCCUCGAGUGUUUUUGUUUUGUUACCACAUCGAAAAAAAGAGGAGAAAUAGUUUUUUAACCAAAUGGCGCAAAACGUGAACCCGUACUUCGAGGCCCAAUCCGCGGCCAAACACAACGAUGAGAAGCAAAAGUUCUCUUCAGACAGUCACGCAGUGACCAAAAGACUGCACAAGGAGCUGAUGACUCUGAUGAUGUCUCCGGACAAGAGCAUAUCAGCAUUCCCUGAUGGUGAGAAUCUGUUCAAAUGGAUUGGAACCAUAUCCGGACCGAAGGAUACUGUGUACGAUGGGCAAAAGUAUAAGUUGAGUCUUCAAUUCCCGAAUUCGUAUCCGUACUCGGCGCCGAGCGUCAAGUUCGUGACUCCGUGCUUCCAUCCGAACGUGGACACGAACGGCAACAUCUGCUUGGACAUAUUGAAAGACAAAUGGUCGGCGUUGUACGAUGUCAGAACGAUCCUGCUCUCCAUACAGGCGCUGCUCGGCGAACCGAACAUCGACAGCCCCUUGAACGUUCUGGCAGCAGAGCUGUGGCAGUCGCAGGACGAAUACAAGAAACAGGUCACCGAGACGUACAAAGAUAAAUGUGCAGGCAUCUAAGUUAUGUAUAUAUAUAUAUAUACACACUUUUCGUUUCCUUUAUCUUCAUACCUUAAUUUCUCUUCUUUUUUUUUCACAUAUAUAUAUAUAUACAAACAAAAUUGUGUCUAACUUAUAAUUUAUUUAAUUAAUUCAAAGUGAGAGAGCGAGUGUGAAUGGAGAGAGAGCGAGAGAGAACUUAAAGUUCUCGGCAUCAGUAUAGAACAAUUUUUGUAAUUA